AUGCGAGUUUCAACACUCCUCCUUUUCUGUCUCCUCCUAGUACUUCUUGCUGUUUCAACGUACGGACGCCAUUCACACCAUGAACACAGUCCCUAUCAAGUAAGGAGAUACCAUAAAAGGCACCACGCUUCGUCUCUCGAACGAAAACUUGCGCUUCGUCGCAGGGCACUCAAAAGAAGAGCGACCCACGACUUCCACAAGGCCUACUUGGAGACGCUGGGCGGAGGCAAGGUGGACAACGAGAAGGCAAAGGAGUUAGCGAGGCGCAGGCAAAAGGGCAAGCCUAGAUACAACUAA